CCCACACGCCCACUCCCACACUCCACGCCCACUCACGCCUGACCGACAUCAACAUUGCACCGACCUUUCCCUUUCCUGUCCACUCCCGUCCUGUCCCAGCCAUGCCCAGCUGUGUGUCCAGUCAGUCCAGUCCCUGAAAGUCUUGUGUCGCCGAUAGCGAGCGUGCAGAUGCAUCUCUCUUCCGCCGACAUCUCGACACCGACGACGACGACACCGACGACUACGACUUCGACAAACAACGACCACGGCCACCGACAACCGACCACCACCGAUCGACGACACAGGUAAGUCUUCGUCGCCCAGUAUCAACGUCGACAACCACCCACGCGACAUCCCGGACCCUUCUAUUCUUCCAUUUCGACAUCCUCCUUUUCUGAGUCGGGCUGCUCGUCUUUCCCACGCUUUGAUACGACACUCCCAACCACCCAAAACAACACUUGAAAGUCGGUACGUGCUAUGUUUUCUACCACCCUCGAUCGCGUCGAAUCUGGCGAGCGAUAGAAGGCUGACGACAACGACACAAUAGCACGCAUUUGACGACUUUUACAGUCAUUCACAUCGACGACUACACUUUUCAUUUGUAUCACUUUAACAACUUCUAUUUGCGACCGUAGCGAGUGCCCCCACCUCGCACCUUUUGCGCCCACCACCAAACCCAACCACCCACAGUUACUCACCCGAUAACCGCCGAGCAUCACAUGCGAUCCGAAUAAACAUCGCAACGGCGUCACAAUCACAACAGCUAUGGCAGAGCCACCAUCCUCACCGCCCAGCGAGGCGAUGAGCCCCGAAGAUCAGCUGCGCUGGUACAAGUCUCAGUAUGCAUCACUUGAGGAGGAACUGUCCGAGUUCAGGGAGUCCAGCAAGGAGCUAGAGCAGGAGCUCGAGAAGGAUAUCGAGCAGGCCGAAAAGAGGGAGCGCAAACUCCAGGAAAAGGCAGAGAGCCUCAAGUUCGAGGCCGAGGAGUGGAAGUCAAAAUACAAUCAAGCCAAGAAGGAUGCGAAUGCGGCUCAGAACACCCUGGAAAAGGAAAUCACAACACUGCGCGACACCAACAGGACACUCCAGCUCAAGCUGCGCGAUAUCGAGGUCGCCAACGAUGAUUUCGAGAGACAGGCACGAAACACCAGCUCCUCCCUCGAGGACCUCGAAUCCAAGUUUAACAGUGCGAUCGAGCGCAACGUCAUGAUGGAGGAGGAGAUCAAAAUCGGCGAACAGGAGCGAGAAACGCUGCGCAUCGAGGCGCAACGCCUGCGCGAGGAGCUCUCCGACCUCAAGAUCGAGGCCGAGGUGCUCCAGGACAAGAUCAAGAAGCAGGAGCAACGUCACCUGUCCGCCAUAUCCACCGACCUUUCUGUUCUUUCAUCCCCCGUUUUCGACAAGACCCUCGACGCCUCCCCUGGCUCAACCGCGAGCUCGCCCAUGGUAUCGACGCCGCCCGAUGCGGAAGCUCUCCCUGCUGCCAAACCCGCCCAGAUCAGCGAGCCUCCAUCCCCGCCAAUGUCCGACGUCUCCGCCUCCGUACCCAAGAGGAUUGUCUCCCGAACACCCCUCAAGACCCCGGCCAAGACUCCGGCAUCGGCGACUCGCAAGUCGCGUCUGCCGUCCACCGAACACAGCAUCACGCCCAAGCCUCGUUCAUUCACGACAUCCGUGAGCAGCACCCGGCCGUCGGGAGGUCGUCCCUCAACGGGGCCACCGACACGCACACCUGCUCCUCGCACCGCCCCUCGCUCCAUCUCCACCCGCAUGCCCCCCAAGCCUGCCAACAACUCUCUCGCCCACAUCAGAACCCUUACAGCUCAGAUGCAGCGUCUGGAAGCUCGCGUACACAAUGCACGAUCGAAGCUGCCUGCUCCCGUCACAACACCACCUCGAGCCUCACCCCGCUCCUCGGUUCUCGGAGUCCACAGCGUACCGUCGACGGUUACUAUCCGCUCACGGAAACGUCCCAGUGGCUCCACCGCCUCAUCAGUACGGGGCGACGACACUACGCCAUCCAACCCCAACUUCUCUGCCAGCACACGAUCCAAGCAUGUACCCCGACUUAGCACGUCAGGUGUCAGCCGGUUGUCUUUUGGCCCGCUGCCGAACCGGAACCCAGGGGCUGGUCUCGAACACAGCGACUCUACAAUGUCUCGGCCGAGCUCACGGGCUAGCAUCUCGUCGUACGCCAGGCCAUCAAGUCGCACAGAAAUGGCACCGCCCCGUCCCAUCAGCCGCACCAGUAUGUCUGGAACCCGGACACCCCUGGGUCGUCCUCGCAGCUCCUUGGGUGGCAGCCUGCACGCGCGCUCUGCUAGUAUCAGCAGCCGCAUCGACAUUGACGAGGGCGACGAAAAUGGCGAAUUCAGAACACCUAGCAGGAGAGGCACGUAUUCCCGCCUAGAGGCAGAAAACUCUGUGAGCGGUAUCCCCGCACCUACUAGCGGUAUCCCGAUGCCGAGCGGGAGACGGCAAAGCGGAGGAAGUGUCUCGGGGAGGCGAAGCUCGAUGGGCCUGAGGAGUUCCAUCAUGGGCGCCCAGGAUCAACUCGUCGAAGAGGAGACGUACUAGGCAGGAUUGAAUCAAACCAUCACAAGAGGAGGAUUACUUGAUACCAACAAAGCAUCACCGCUGCUUCUGACUACUUGACCCGGUGCACAUGCAGCCGGGCCAUGGGCAGCUGCGCAAUUACAGCGAGCAACAUACAUACCCUCAUUUUCAAAAGAGAAGAGAGACGAGAGAGUCUCAUUCUUUCCUUCAUACCUAUUUCCUUUGUUCAUUGCUUCUUCAUGACUACGGGGUUUCCAGGGCAGGCGUGUGGAUACAAACUGCUGCAUCCGAGGCGUUGGUAUGAUUCUAGGGUUUCAAACGGGGGAUACAGCAUGGCGGUGCCUUCUUUUGGGUUUCUUCUCUCUUGUUUUUCGCAAUCCGGGAAAAUACCUUUUUGUUGACACGCGAGCAAACUGCUACUACUACAACUCACUUUUACAACUACCAACCACACACCCCGAACACCCCCCAAGAUCCGUCGAACCAUACCUUGGUCUGAAUAUACUGGUUUAUUACUUCAUGAUUUGCUGCUUGAGUUCCAGUGAGGCAUGUUUGUGAAUAAUGUAUCGGUCAAGCCUGUGACGAUUAGAAAGGGAUGAAGCAUCGGGCUAAGUACGGUGCAGGACGUGAUGGUUGGGAGGUAUUCAUUGAUAGUAGGCACACGUCCAUCCGAAGUUCUGCUCCAAACACUGCGCCCCAUGUCGGCACUCGACGCGGACGGAGUACUCAUGUGCCCAGCCAAGGCUGUGUAAACACUAUAUUGUUUGUCAAUAAAGAUCAGACGAAGGUCGC